CUCCAUCUCCCGUUCACUGCCGGCUCAGAAACAACCACUUCGACGAGUGAAUAUAUCCUCUUUGCAUUUUUUUCCCAAGUCAUCUCCAAUUGAUCUUCUGCUUGGAAUCUAGCAUACCUAGCGAGAAAUCCCGUCUGCCGCUUCCAAUUGUCUCCCUCCCUGUCGUCAUCCACCAACGCCAUCACUGCCAACCCCAUCCCAGACGACCAGACCUUUAUACGAACCCCGCUUGUUUGCCCCGUGAUGCAGGUACUGGCACCUAGUCGUUGAAACCCUCAGCCGUGCUCAUCCUUGAUCAGCUCGUGAUGAUUUUGAUCGACAGUCGCGCCUGACACCCUGUGCCUCCAGUCCGUUCUGUUGUCUCACACGCAGUUUGAGCGUGGGACACGGCGUUAUAUAUUUAGUGCAGGCUAUCAUCUAGGAACGAUUGACGUCCCCAUCAUUGAUCUGAGAGCACCUUUUCAUUAUGAAUCCCUCAGAGCAGCACGAUUCGCAAUCGCCGCAUAUCUCCGGUGAAUUUCCUACGGAUGAGACUAAUGUGCCGCCUGCCCUCGAUGCCACAUCGCUAUCCCUAGCUAUUAAGACGAGAAAAGCAGAAUACACCCGUCAGAGGUCGAUUAGAAUCAAGGUCGGAACAUGGAAUGUUGCUGCCCUUCAUGGCACUGAGGAGGACAUUGGGAAAUGGUUCGUACAUCGGGAAGGGAUGUGCGAACAGCUUUCUGGGCUCCAGGUUGAGGAAAUUCGAGAACAAUCUAGAGAGGAAGGGAAUAUAAAGGUCGAAGAGCCAAAGGCAGUCCAACAUGGCCAAGACGGCCCGAGGAAAAGUGAAGAUUGUAUUCCUCCCAACUUUGAGUCGGAGGAGGUUGGACUCUAUGCUCUUGGGCUACAAGAAAUCGUGGAUGUCUCUUCGCCUGCCGAGGCAUUGAGACCCUACGUUGAUCCAACACCCUCGAAGCGAUGGAAAGCAGCCGUCGAAAAUGCUCUGCCUACGGGCUACCAGCUGGUUGCAGAUACUCAGCUGGUAGGGCUUCUGCUCUUAAUAUAUGCCGCUCCAUCCGUUGCUGAAAGCAUAUCAUCGGUCAGCAGCACCAACGUCGGCACGGGUAUGCUUGGGUACAUGGGCAACAAAGGAGCCGUGGCAACACGUCUCAUUCUCGGUGAGACCACAUCCCUGGUCUUUGUCAACUGCCAUCUCGCUGCCGGAUCGGAUAAAACCAGCCUGGAGCGGCGCAAUUGGGAUGCCUCUCAGAUCUUUGGACGGACUAAGUUCGAUCCCAUCGACCUAGAAAAGGGACUUCGGGAUGACCCAACAGAAAAUAUUGGGCAGGGCGAUUUUAUCUUCUGGUUUGGUGACCUCAAUUACCGGCUCGAUGAUAUACCGGGUGACAGUGUGCGACAAGUUCUUGCUCGUCAUACAGAAAACGAGUACGACAAAACACACAAAUUAACACGCAAAGACAGUGAUGCUUCAUUGUCGUCCUCGUCCUCAUCCUCGGCGUCGUCCACCAAACGAAAACAUAGACACUCUUUGCACCGGCGCCGUAAGUCACAACGGGCUAGUAAGAGUUUUCCUACGGUUUCAGAUGAGGAUGUAGAUCCUCAUAAUGACCCAGCUUCUCUUCAAACUACCAUCUCUUCUUUACUGCCGCACGAUCAACUUCGAAUGCAGCAGGGAAAAGGGAAAGCUUUCCACGAAGGCUGGCGGGAAGGCGACAUCUCAUUUUUGCCGACGUACAAGUAUGAUGUAGGGAGUGUAGCUCGUUUUGACUCGAGCGAGAAGAACCGAGGACCCAGUUGGUGUGACCGGAUUCUUUACCGGACACGCCAGGACAAAUUGAAACAUGAGAUACUAGAGAAGGAAGCCGCGGAAGCCAGAAAGAAAGACGAGGAAAUGCAAGCACGUGGCUUGGAUAAGGCUGUUGCUGAUGACAGUGUACUGUUUGAUUACGACCCAGAAGUUGAUGGCGCGGACAGCGUAGAGGAAUAUGAUCCUGAUAAGGAUCAACCGAGCGAUAAAGCCUCGUCGAUUUCACCGCUCGAUGUCGAUGAUCCCGUCCAGCUGGAGUAUUAUGUGUCGCACCAGGGCAUUCUCUCUUCUGAUCACAAACCUUUGGAUGCAGGGUUCACUUUGACUUUUGACUCUGUGAUUCCGCAAUUGAAAGCGAAGGUGUAUCAAGAGGUUGUUCGGGAAUUAGACAAGGCUGAGAAUGAGUCCCGGCCGGGCUUGACUGUGGUGGUGGACACUGCGCCUGGCCACCACCAUGGCAAAGCAGGAGAAGAUCCAAAUGCUGUGGAUUUCGGUGAUGUGCCCUUUGACGUACCUCUUCGUCGAUCUUUGACGAUUGCGAAUACAAGCGGCGUACCUGCAACUUUCGCUAUCGAGAAGCCCAACCCAGAAGAUAGGUUGGCCCUUGGCACACCAUCCUGGAUUAACUACGAAAUUGACCAACAUAUUGGUCAAGUAAUUGAGAACAAGAAAGACAAGGCAUCUUCCCAGGAAAUCACUCUGUACCCCGGGGAGCUUGCCAACGUCGUGAUCACAGUACAUGUUCAUGAUAUCGAUCAUGUUCGUCGAUUCAACUCGGGCGAAGACAAGCCGGAAGAAAUCCUGUUACUGCGUGUAACGAGUGGCCGAGAUCAUUUUAUUCCUGUCUCUGGAAGAUGGUUGCCCACCUGCUUUGGUCGCAGCGUGGAUGACCUUACCCGUAUGCCUGAAGCAGGUGCGCGCAGCUUAGCUGCUACGGACACGUCGGGUCCUCCUAAGAGCGACACGGGUGUUCGCAUAUCUGCUCCGCGAGAGCUGUUUAGGUUGACGGAAGCGAUUUCGGAGCUGUCUGAACGUGCUGUUGCAGAAUGGAGCAUGACAAAAGCCGGGUCUGAGGAAGACGCUUCGCCUCCAUGGGUAACAGAGCCCCAUGGGAUUGAGUGGCCUUUUAAACCGGAAACAUGGACUCUGAAAGAACAGGAGGAGCGCUCGCCUUUGCUGGCGUCUGUCCGUGAGGCUUUGGACACCAAUGCAUCAUUGAAUUCUAUAUUCCCACCCGAAGUGCCCUCAUUGCAUCGUUUGGAGAUACUAUCUGAGACCCUGCUGGAGUUUCUCCGCUACUUGAGUGACGGUAUAGUCACGGCUCCUGUCUGGGAAGGCCUGGACCAGCAGCUCCUCGCGCGGGAAAAGGCCAAAGCACCACCCCUUUCUUGGGAAGAAACCCAAGCCUGGGUAUUGGAGAGUCUUGCGUACUCGCCUGCCCAUAGCGUUUCGUUUACCUUUGUUACCUUCAUGCUUGCUCGCAUUGUCAACGAGAUAGCUCCUGCAUCAUCAGCAAGACCACCACAGUCCUCAAGAAAAUCCAUUGAAGAACCAGCCCCUCUCACUCCCCAACAAACCAACGAAAACCUCCCAUCUACACCUCCAACACCGACAUCUCGUAUCUCCGGAAGCAGCUUGCGACGUCGAGCGCGCACGCUCACCUCGUCCUCGUCUAGCACGCCAGAAAUCCCUCAGCCUAACCCUGCUGUGGCCCGGCGGCAAGCAGUGGAAACCGCAUUAGCUGGAGUGUUUUCUAAGAUUCUCAUCUUCAACGGUCCCGGGCCAACCAAGGAGAAAGAGAAACGAGCUCUGGAUGAGAGAAAACGGAGCGUCAUUGAACCAUUCCUGAAAACCUUCGGUGUGGAUAGCAAUGGGCCUUCUGGUGGAGCUCUAUAAAUCGACUUUCCCCCUUCUUCUCUGCAUCAUCAUAGACUUGGACACGAUUUGUACAUCUAUCUGAUUUCUUCCCUUUCUCAUACGCUCCCCUUUUCUCCAAAGAUGGUUACCGAUUAUAUAUUACUUGUUAUGUGCAGGGUUCUUGUUGUCCUCCAUCCCUCCAGAUUAAACUCCCCGAUAGAUAAUUUGUUGCCUUGAUUCUUUAUAUGCUAUAAACGAGCCUAUACUGAAUGGUUACUUAAUCCUGCAAUGACUCUGGCUAUGCAUGUCAGAGACGCAAAAGAAUAUAUUUCAAAAUAUGAUAUCUGCACACGGUUCAUUUAAGACACUUUUUGGCUAUAGUGCUCAAUGACCCUUUUCUUGUCCAGAUAGAGGAAAGGGUAAAGUCCAGUCCCAACA